AUGAGAGGUUGUCUUCGAGUUUCUCUAUUAGUUUUUCUGACAAAAUCAGCCAUUCUCGCUGUUUAUGCAAACGAGCAACAUGGCCAAGAUGAAGUUAAUGAAAUUUUUACAGCUGAAGAUAUUGAUUUUUCUUUUACAACUGAGAAACCAGAAGAGACAACUACGAUAAAGAAGAAAGAACCGGUGAAAUUGAAUUUAAAACAAGGUUUGGCUAUGAACCAGAUUUUAGAUACUUACUCGUUGACUGAUGCUAGCAAUGAAUUGUGUAGAAAUCACUCUAUAGAAUUUAGUAUGGGUAUGAGGAGGUUUGAAUCGUGGGCCUUAGACAUGUUUGACGCCUCGUCUAAGUUGCAGUCGGGCCUGCUGUUAAGCAACUUGUUCGAAUUCGGUAACUACAAACAAUGCAUCUCCAUUUACACGGACGACGUGGAAAAUGGACCGCUGAGAGGAAAACAUUGUACGCUGAAAGUUUUCCCUGACACGCGUCUGUUGAAAAAGAUAUUGACGUUUAGGAAUGUGUCUGAAAAGCGAUGGGACAAAGUGAAGGUGUUCGUGGAGGACGCCUCCAUGGCCUGGUCGAUUUGCGUGCCCGACUCCUGUGACGUAGACGACGUGCUGCCGCACUUUCGAAAGUUAAUUAGAACUUUGACGGAAGGCCUCAACCUAACGGUGGCAUUGCGCCAAAUUAACUGUCUUACUGCUGUGGAUCAGGCUGGCGCUAGUUUCAGCGGCACGGAAGUGGCUGUUAUAGGGAGCUUCCUAAUCUACACUCUACUAAUCAGUGUACUGACCAUAUUGGAUUUUCGUUCAGCUGAUGAAAAAGGUGAAGAAAAUAAACUGUUUAAGAUAUUUUCGGCAAGAAGAAACACCAUAAAUAUAUUCGCUAAAAGCAGUAAAGGCCCAUCAGACCUAGAUUGCGUGCACGGCAUACGCUUCUUGAGCACUUGCUACGUUAUUAUUGGCCACAGAUAUCUCAUGAUGAUGUUCUUUCCUGUAAUCAACAGCCUACACAUUAUGGAGUGGAUUUUGUACUACAGAAGUACUGCUAUAACCGGCGGAACACUAUGCGUCGACACUUUCUUUGUCGUUAGCGCUAUACUAGUAAGCAUUGGAUACUCCAAACAAGCAUCUAAAGGACCCAUAAACUGGUUCAUGUUUUAUUUCUACAGGUACAUGCGAAUUACACCACCAUUAGCAAUAGUAGUACUAUGGUAUUCAACGCUUAUGCAAUACUUUGGUUCUGGUCCGCUGUGGAACGACAUGUUGGAAGUGAUACAAAAACCAUGUCAAGAGUACUGGCUUGCAACUAUAAUGCAUGUCCAAAAUUAUGUACAUCCUUAUCCUUUGUGCCUGACUCAAGCUUGGUAUUUAACCUGUGACAUGCAGUACUAUUAUUUCUCACCUAUUGUACUGAUUCCACUAACUGGGGACAGUGUUUAUGGAUACAUAAAUUACAUAGCCGUUUAUUUAGUAUCUAUGGGCGUAACUUUUUAUUUUGCUUAUAUCAACAAGUAUAAUGGUGGAGUACCUGUUACAAAUCAACUUUUUUCUACCAAAUAUUUCCAACAUUUUUAUAUAGCCCCCCACGUAAGGUCAUCCACGUACAUAAUUGGUUUGGGUUUCGGUCAUUUUCUAUAUAAAACGAGAGGUAGAACGUUCAAAAUAAGUAAUGGUGUGGCAUUUAUUGGUUGGAUUAUUUGUAUUUUGACAAUGCUGACUUCUUUAAUGGGUUGUUUGAUAUUUUUUCAAGAAGAUCACGAUUAUAACAGGAUGGAAUCGACAAUAUUCCUAACUUUAUCUAGAUCGUCAUGGACCAUGGGAAUAGUGUGGAUGAUAUGGGCAUGUGUUAAUGGUUAUGGAGGUCCUAUUAACUAUGUCUUGUCCCUACACAUAUUUAAAGUGCUCGGUAGAAUAAGUUAUGGCAUGUACCUGUUGCAUAUGGGUGUCCAAUACAUGAUGAGUGGAGCAGCUAAGAUGCCUGGAUAUUUUUCUGACUUUGCAUCAAUUUAUGCUGGAUUUUCUGAUUUAUUUCUUAUGGUCAUAAUGGGAUAUAUUUUCACUAUCUUAUUUGAAGCCCCCCUUAUUCAAGCCUUGAAUAUUCUAAUUAAAAGCGCUGAAAAUAAAUCUGAAGUACAUCCACAAGUAACACAAGUAGUCAAGAAAUUCUAAUAUGAUUUUUCUUCAAAUUUGUCACUAUAAAAAUUAAAUAAAACGCA